AACAUUUAUUGAUACACAAUAAACACGGCAAUGCUCUUUUUGUCCAUUUUAGUGAAUUCUCAAUCAUUCACUGCUUUAUAUAAUUUCACAUCACUCCACUUCUGAAUCUCUAUAACUUCAUCUCACUCUUCACUUCAUUACAUGCACUUAAAUCACCAUAAUGACUUCAUUCCUCCAUUUUUCACUCUUCCUGCUUUCUCUUUCUACCUUCAUCCACCUUUCUCUCUCUUUCACAACCAUCCAAACCAUAUGCCGAUCCACCCAAUACCCUCAAACAUGCCUAAAUUCCCUCCUCCACUCCCACCCAAACCCGAAUCCAAACCCAAACCCAAACCCAGCCCAUUUCAUUCAAACCACACUUUCUCUAACUUCCAACCAUAUCCGAAAAGCCCAAUCCAUGAUUCAAACCAUCCUCCAAACCUUCCCAAACCACCACAACCGUACAAUGGCCUCCCACACGUGCCAAGACUACCUCACUCUAUCCUCUUACCGAACCAAAACAUCCUUAAAUGCUCUCAACUCACGAGACACCCUCCAUGAUGCACGUGCUUGGGCUAGCGCCGCGUUAACAUACCAAUAUGACUGCUGGUCAGAACUCUCGUACGUGAAUGGCACGCGCGUGGUUGACAAAACCAUGAUCUUCAUUAACUCUACUCUCAUGCAAACUACCAGCAACGCGCUAAGUAUGAUGCACGCGCUUGCUAACUAUGGGGAUGAUACGACGUCGUGGCGUCCUCCAUUGACGGAGCGAGACGGUUUUUGGGAGAAAUCCGGGUCGGGUUCAAAGCUCAGGUUUGAGAUAGGGAGAGUGAGAAAAGAAGGGAAAGUGGAUGCAACUGUUUGUAAAGAAGGAAAAGCGCGUGGAUGUUACGUGCGUGUGCAAGACGCGGUUGAUGACGCACCAGCUUGGUUGAAGGUAAACGGGAAGGAUAGAUUUGUAAUUUACAUAAAAGAAGGAGUGUAUGAAGAAAUUGUGAGGGUGGGGUUAGAGAAAAGGAAUUUGGUGUUUUUGGGAAAUGGAAAGGGUAAAACUGUAAUUACAGGAGAUGUUAAUACUGGGAUUAUGGGGAUUAGUACCUACAAUACUGCUACUGUUGGUAUCAAAGGUGAUGGAUUUAUGGCAAGUGGCAUAACAUUCCAGAACACAGCAGGCCCAAAUGCACACCAAGCAGUAGCCUUCCGAUCAGACAGCGACUUCUCACUCGUUGAAGACUGCGAGUUCUUAGGCAACCAAGAUACCCUCUAUGCACACUCCCUACGCCAACUAUACCGAUCAUGUCACAUAGAAGGCAAUGUAGAUUUUAUCUUUGGCAAUGCAGCCGCUAUCUUUCAAAAUUGCACAAUCCUUGUUAGGCCUCGACAACUAAACCCCGCCAAGGGUGAGAACAACGCCAUCACUGCCCAAGGUAGGACCGACCCUGCUGAGGCUACCGGGUUUGUCUUACUACAAUGCCUAAUUAAUGGAACCGAUGAGUACAUGAAACUAUGGCGAAGUAAUCCUAAGGUGCACAAGAACUACCUUGGAAGACCGUGGAAAAUGUACUCGAGGACAGUGUUUAUAGAGUGUACGAUGGAGGAUCUUAUUUCACAGGAGGGAUGGAUGCAGUUUCGAGAAGGUUUUGCAUUGUCUACGCUUUAUUAUGGGGAGUUCGGGAAUAAAGGAGCCGGAGCUGAUACGUCUAAGCGAGUUAAGUGGAGUAGCAGGAUUCCGGAAAUACAUUUAAGUGCUUAUUCUGCUCAGAAUUUUAUACAGGCUAAGGAGUGGAAAUUUGGUUUAUAAUGAGUGAACUUGUCUAUACAUCUGUAUAUUAGUAUGUUAAAUGAGUAUCACUACGUGCAUAUUGAAUGAGUAUCGAAUCGAGGGACUCUUUGACCGCAUUAUUCUUUUUGAUUAUGUCUUGUCGCCUUACUUUCCUCUUCAAACCCUGAUUAUAUGAAGAGAUACUUUGGGUAUGAUGAUGAUGGUGAUUCAUGUAUUUAUAUAAAACUUCUUAUUAGAUUUCGAAAGCAUUGUUAGAUUGUGGAAAAUGAGUACAUCAAUAUUUCCA